AUGAAGAAACAAGCUAUAAACAACACCGACCUAACUGAGGUGGAGGACUGGUGCUUCGUCUGCAAAGAUGGCGGGUCGGUGCGGUCGUGUGACUACCAGGGCUGCACCAAAGUUUACCACCCCAAAUGCGUCAACCGGAAGAACACUUUUCUCAAAAGCGACAGGCGGUGGGUUUGUGAUCACCACUCCUGUUCGUUGUGCCGCUCCAGAACCGAUAUCGGCGUCUCUUGCCUUAUGUGCACGUACUCGGUGUGCGUCGAUUGCCGCAAAAGAGGCGAGAACUCGGAGUUUGCGGCGGUGAGAGGGAGGGAGAAAGAAGGGCUUUGUGAGGAUUGUGUAGAGCUGGUUAGGCUUGCGGAGGCGAAUGCGGGGUAUGAUAGAGAUGGGGAUACGUUGGACUUUGAGGAUCAGAACACGUUUGAGUUCGGGUUCAAGGAGUGCUGGGAGAUUCUUAAAGAGAAGGAAGGGUUGGGUUUUGAUGAUGUACGUGAUGAAAGAAGCGAGAUGAUAGAUGAUGAGGAGACUACAUUGAAAGAGCUUCUCAUGAGGAGACAGAACAAGGGGAAGUCGAAUCAUGUGGCUUCAUUUGAUUCUGAGGAAGAGCCUGAGGGAGUGGUCAGUUCUGGAUCUCCUAGGAAUGCAGAAGAAAAUGGGAUGAGCGAGGAUGAUGAUGAUGAUGAUGACAUUACACUGAAAGAUCGUGCCUUGAAAAAUCACAAGAAGCGAAAAUUCUUGAUCCCAGAGUCUGAUUCUGAGGAAAUGGAGACUCAUUCCGAGGAGGGGAAUAGUGAGGAUGAGGAUGAGGAUGAGGAUGAGGAAGAUGAGAUUACACUGAAGGAUCGCCUUGCGCGCAGAUCACACAAGAAGCCGAAAUUGGUGAUCCCAUGUUAUGUGAAACCAUUUGGUUGCAAGGAAAAGGAGGAAGAGGUGCAUCCUAGUCCCACAAGGAAUGUAUUUGAAAGUUGUUUUGCAUCAGUAGUUGCCAGCAAUAUGAAGCUUGUCUACUUACGAAGGAGCUUGGUGGAGGAUUUGAUAUCAAAUCAACCGGAGAAAUGGGAACGAAAGGUGGUGGGAAGCUUUGUAAGAGUGGAAAAUGACCCUGAAGACUAUUUCCUGGGGGAGUCUUCUCACCAGCUUACACAAGUGAAAGGCAUAACUAGGAAGCAGGAUGGUGGAGAAAUUCUUCUACAUCUGCUUGCAAAAGAUGUUCCCAUUUCCUCGCUAUCGGAUUGCGACUUUACUGAGGAAGAAUGUAGGGAAUUGCGAGAAAAGGUGGAAACUUAUCAGGUGAGGAGACCUACUCUUAUUGAGAUCGAACACAAAGCGAGACUACUGCAGGAGGAUCUUAUAAAGGAUUUGAUCCAGCGAGAGUUCGACCGGUUAAUGACUUGCAUUCGUGGAGAAACAAAUCAGCGUGGAUGGAUCAGUAAAGAGCUAUCUAAGUAUGUGGAACUUAAAGAAAUGAUGAAGGAAAUAUCAGAACAGGGAAGACUCUUGCAACAGGUGCCACAAGUCAUUCCAGAGGUCAUGGACAUGAGUGAAUUAUAA